GUCGGGGCUUCGCUCGGGAUCUCCGCGGGCUUGGCAUGAGUUGACCUUUGACCCCUGACCCCCAGCCCUCCUCGCCCGCGCAGCCAUGGCCCCCCGGCGGCGGCCCCCGGAGCUCUACCGAGCGCCGUUCCCGCUCUACGCCCUGCGCGUGCACCGCGAGGCAGGACUGGCGCUGGUCGCGGGCGGCGGCGGCGCGGCCAAGACGGGCAUCGCCAACGGCCUGCACUUCCUGCAGCUGGGCUGGAGCGGAGGGCAGCUGGCCGCCUCGCUGCUGCACGCCCACGACACGGAGACGCGGGCCACCAUGACCAUGGCGCUGGCAGGGGACGUCAUCGCUGCCGGGCAGGAUGCGGCCUGCCACAUCCUGCGCUUCCGCCUGCAGAAGCCUGGCCAGAAAGCGGGCGGCGGGGACAGCCCCGCCAGUAAAGCAGGUGGCGGCGGCGGCAGUGGCGAUAAGGGCCCCCGCAGGCGCAAGCCCCCCACCCCCACCCCCAGCGGGCCAAACGGCCACAGCAGCGGCACCCACAGCGAGACGAGCCAGGUGGCCGUGGAGACGCUGCAGUGCGUCCAGACGGACACCAGCCCGGACGCCCUGCAGAAGGCCGUGUGCUUCAGCGAUGACCACACGCUCCUGGCCACUGGCGGCGUGGACGGCUUCCUGCGGGUCUGGGAGUUCCCCAGCAUGAAGAAAACUCUCGAGUUCCAGGCUCACAACGGGGAGAUCGAGGACAUCGCACUGAGUCCUGACAACAAGGUGGUGACGGUGGGACGGGACUUCCAGUGCUGCGUGUGGCAGCGGGACCAGAUGGUGACAGGCUUGCACUGGAACGAAAACCUCCCGGGCAUCCCGGACAAGGCCUAUCGCUACCAGGCCUGCAGGUUUGGGGCGGUGGAGGACCAAGCCAAGGCCCUGCGGCUGUACACGGUGCAGAUCCCCUACAAGCGAGAGCGGCGGCCGCCCCCCUGCUACGUGACCAAGUGGGACGGGCACAGCUUCCUGCCCCUGCUCACCCGGCCCUGUGGCAACGAGGUCAUCUCCUGCCUUUCUGUCAGCGACACGGGCACCUUCCUGGGGCUGGGCACCGUCACGGGCUCUGUGGCCAUUUUUGUCGCCUUCUCCCUGCAGAGGCUGUACUAUGUACGGGAGGCCCACGGCAUUGUGGUCACAGCCGUGGCGUUCCUGCCUGAGACGCCAGACCUGCUCAAGGACAAUGAGGCGGCCCUGCUGAGCGUGGCUGUGGACAGCCGCUGCCGCCUGCACCGGAUCCCCUGCCGGCGGAGCUUCCCCGUCUGGCUGCUGCUGCUCCUCUGUGCCGCGCUGAUUGUGGGCACGGUCCUGCUGUUGCGUUUGGCCUUCCCUGGCUUCCUCUGAGCCCAUCUCCUUCCUGCCCAGGCCCCGGGGGACCUUCUUCGCUCUGCCCUGGCUGCCUGCUACUGGCGGCUCCGUCCCUCCCUGGGCCCACAGACUGGAGAGGAACCCUGGCCCUCGGGCAUCAGCCGCCUGGCGGACAGUGGCCAGGGACGCUUGGCUGACUGGGCGGCAGCUCCUGAUGUGGACUGAGGUGCGGGCCACAAACGUCACGCCACGCCUGGCGGCAAUGACGAGUGAAGGAGGGGGAGUGGUGCUCCUCCCUUUUGGACUGUUCUGUAAGAACCAUUCCAGCCUCAGCUGCUCCGAACGGGCCGUCCCAGUGCAGCCCACAGGAGAGAGGCUCUCGCAGCUACAAUUAAACAGGAUGAUGGAGCAA